UAUCGGAGACCCCAUUCCCUGCUUAGUCACUCUCCGGCUCAUAGUCCAUGAUGACUUGGCCCAGGAUGUUCCUCGGUGUCAUCAUCUUGCUGUCUGCCUUCUCAGGACCUACUGUUGGGGGCCGCCCCAUGCCCAAGCUGGCUGACUGGAAGCUGUGUGCUGAUGAGGAAUGCAGCCACCCCAUCUCCAUGGCUGUGGCUCUUCAGGACUACGUAGCCCCCGACUGCCGUUUCCUGACCAUACACAGGGGCCAAGUUGUGUAUGUCUUCUCUAAGCUGAAGGGCCGUGGUCGGCUCUUCUGGGGAGGCAGCGUUCAGGGAGAUUAUUAUGGAGACCUGGCUGCUCGCCUGGGCUUUUUCCCCAGUAGCAUUGUACGGGAGGACCAUUCCCUGAAACCUGGCAAAAUCGAUGUGAAGACAGAUAAAUGGGAUUUCUACUGCCAGUGAGCUCAGCCUACCGCUGUCCCUGCUCUUUAUUUCUCCCAGCUUUAUGCAAAUACAUCAGCCAAG